AUUUUAACUCUGUCAAGCGGCUUUUCAGUCGGGAAGAUAUCGGCGCGGAGAGAGCUGAAGGAACAGAAACAAUAGGCCUUCUACGUCAUUUUAGGAGAAAACUCAAGAGAUCACCACACUGCUCAGUCAGAGCACACGCUGUUCAAGUGCCAUGAAAUGUCCCAUCGUCAAGUCUGCUAAAGAGAACACGAUGGAGAAGAGUCCGUUAGCAGAAGCACCUGCUACAAAGUCUAAAGCACUCUAUGUCGAAGAUUCCCCCAAAAAGGAGCCAGCCCCUGUUAAAUCUCAGGAUCGACCCGCUGGUCAGAUGACUGGCUUCUUCUCCACUAAGAGCAGCACCAGUGCAGUUGAUAACAAAGAGAACAGCACUGGCAGAGAGCAAGAUGAGGCCCUGGAAGAAUACUUUGAGGACAGUGGUUAUUUAUCUCUGCAGAGUAGUCAUAUUGAUCACCAAGGAGAUGAAGAAGAGGACCAUGUCGCCGAGACACACCAGUGGAAAAGGCUUUCAUCGAGUAAUUCCCCCUCAAACCGCCAUCAAAGGACUAGAAUCAGCUUUUCAAGGUCUCUGGCAGUUUCCACACCUGUGGAUCAUCAUGGAAGGAGCACAGCAGCUCUGUCGUCCACCCCCAACCUGCCCAUUUUGAGAUUCCAGCAGGCUGUUUGUGAGGAGCUCACAAAGAGCUACAAGAAGAAUAGGAGGUAUGACUUUAGCGUCAUCUCAAGGAUAGCAGAGAAGUAUCCUUUGGAUCGUGUGAUCGGAGGACAAAUCGGCGUGGAGAACGUCGACGUGUUCACAGCUCUGCUUUCCAGGAACAUGAAAAGCAUCCUGGCAGACAUCCUGGCUCUGCUAGGAGACAUGGACCUCAUAAGUUGUAAGAAUGUGAGCAAGACGUGGAAGAAAAUCAUAUGUGAGGAUUUGGCUGCUGCGAGGAGGUGUCAGCAAGCUGAGCAGGCUCUCAGGGAGUCGAGAAGCUCUCAGAGAAAUCCUGCUAGCGGUCUGACCAGAGACGUCGGUGCAUCCAGGGUGGUGCUGUCCUGCAUGCAGGUUCUGGCCUCCAGACGCACUUCUUCCUGCCAGAAGAGCAGCAUGCCCUCACAGUGCACACGCUUCGACGAAUAUGUGCAAGCAGCCAGCACUCUGAAGCGGCACGAGUCUCUGCGUUCCUGCAGACGUUGCAGGUCUCCUGCCACCCACAUGACCGAGGCCCAGAGGGCCAUCUGCUCCCGGGCCAGCUGCCUCUUUGACUUCUGCACUCGCUGCCAGGAGCCUUUCCACGGCUCCACCCCCUGCCGGACAGUCAAACCCCAUGUCCACUUCGCUUCCUCCAAAGAAACCGCCAUCAUCCCGGGCAGCGCUCGCAGCAAGAGAAACGUCAAGCGCUUGUGAUGAAGGUUCACUCCAGCCUGUUUAUUUUUUUUUUAAGAGACUCAAUAUCAAUCUUGAGAACGGCAUCAGAAAUGACUGUAUCAUGCCGAACAUGAGAUGAGCGAGCACUUGAAGCACAGCUGGGGCACUCUACCUGAAACUGUUGUUGCUUGUGAGCAGUGACUUUUAUUGUAUAUAUAUAUAUAUUUCUUCUUUUUUUUUCAAAAAGAAAGCAAUGGAAAAUGUUGAGCUUUAAACUGUAUGUUUUUAUUGUCUUUUAAAACAGAAUAAAUGUGAGUACAUUUUCAGGUUUUCUUUUAGAGGCAUUUUUAAAUAAAUGUUUGUUGUAGUAGGUCUUGUUCAGAUUCUCUGCAGCUAUAUAAUCUAUUUGUAAAUA